GAUAACAAACAUGUUGUUUUGCCUCCUGCUGUUACUGCCACUGGCUGCUCACUCCUCUCUGGCAGGAUCACUGCCUUCUGAGGACCAGGUGAUAGCUGAGAAAUACCUGCGGCGCUUUUAUGGCCUUCCGGCUGGUCUCCAAAGUCGGCGGCGGUCUUCAGGAGACUUUAAGAUCAAGCUCAAGGAAAUGCAGAAAUUCUUCAAUCUUGAGAUGACUGGCAGUUUGGAUGACAACACGAUAGACUUUAUGAAUAAAGCGAGAUGCGGCGUCCCAGACAUUGGCGAAUACAACCACUUCCCUCGACACCUCAAGUGGAAAAACACCCAAGUGACUUUCCGGAUUUUAAAUUAUACUCCGGACCUGAAGAAGUCUGAUGUCGACCGAGCCAUCCGCGCCGCCCUCAACGUUUGGUCCGAUGUGACCCCGCUGACCUUCAAGAAGCUGUACCGUGGCAACGCUGACAUCAUGAUCAGCUUUGGAAGGAAAGAACAUGGCGACUUCAACCCUUUCGAUGGGCCUAACGGACUGCUGGCUCACGCCUAUCCGCCAGGCGAAGGCCUCGGAGGGGACACUCACUUUGAUGAGGAUGAACAGUGGACCAAAGAUUCCUCAGCUUACAACCUUUUCAUAGUGGCGGCACAUGAGCUGGGCCAUGCCAUCGGUAUGUCGCACUCCUCCGACCCGAGUGCCCUCAUGUACCCCAUCUAUACAUACGCGACAGGAUACCCCCUUGCUGAGGACGAUAUCGAAGGCAUUCAGGCCCUCUAUGGCCCUAAUCCAGACCACAGGAAAGUGAAGCCCAAGCCGGACGCUCCCAAAAAAUGUGACCCCUCGUUGACUUUUGAUGCGGCGACGGAGCUCAGGGGAGAAACCUUCAUCUUCAAAGACAGGUUCUACUGGCGCCUUCAUCCCCAGAUGCACGAGCCCCAGCUCGCACUGAUCAAGUCCACUUGGCCGUCCAUCCCCAACAAGGUGGAUGCGGCGUACGAGAACCCAGCGAAGGAUCAGGUCAUGAUUUUUAGUGGUAUCCGUGUGUGGGCUAUGAAUGGAUACAACGUGGUGAAGGGUUACCCAAAGUACAUCCACACACUCGGACUUCCUAAGACCGUGAGAAACGUGGAUGCGGCUGUUCACAUCAGAGACACAGGGAAGACUCUCCUCUUUCACGAUGAAGACUAUUGGAGUUAUGACGAAGCAUCAGGCACCAUGGAUAAGGGCUACCCACGGACAAUAGAAUCAGAUUUCCCAGGCAUGGACGAUGAAGUUGACGCGGCCGUUUAUCACUACGGAUACUUGUAUUUCUUCCACGACAAUGUGCAAUAUGAGUACAGUUACCCAGCAAGGAAGGUCAUACGCACCCUCAAAAUCAACUCCAUUCUUGGCUGCUGAUGCUGCUGAUGCUGCUUAAGCCCUAGUGACCACGGAUAUUGCAAUUAGAACUGGUAAAUAUUCAAAAAGGAGACAUUCCGCUGGAUACUCAUGUAAACUACAAUUCACAAAAUAUGAAAUAAUCUCCAAAACUGAACGGCUAAAAGGCCUCCCAGACAACAUUUCAAAGUGUUGUGAUUGAUUGAUUGAUUGAUUGAAACUUUUAUUAGUGGAUUGCACAGUACAGUACAUAUUCCGUACAAUUGACCACUAAAUGGUAACACCCGAAUAAGUUUUUCAACUUGUUUAAGUUGGGGUCCACGUUAAUCAAUUCAUGGUAGGGGUUGCUAAAUCCUCUAUUUUUUUUUGUAGCGUGGAUACCAACCUAAUCUGCAGAAAUGUAAUUGAACAGUUGUUCUUAAACGAGCUUGUUUAUUUGCUAUGUUUCAUUCAAUAUCUCUGGAAAUACUGAUCUAAGAGUGAUCUCACAAGUAUAACUUUUCAAAUGAAGCCAGGAUUAUGAAAAUACACCUUGUUCAAAUUAUUUUGCAGACAUGUCAUAGGAUAAACUUUUAUUCAUCCCACAAUGGGGAACACGUGCUAAACCAGGGGUUUUUAACCUUCUGACCUGGGGCCCCAACCUUUACACUACAUUUGGGACCGAGGCUGACUCAAAAAUUAACACUGAAUUAGUAACAUUACUCUUGAUUUUAAUCAUAUUCAAUAGUUAUAUUUAACCUCCCUACAGUUUACAACAUUGUCAAAUGAUAUGAAACAAUGUGUUGAUCACAAAUAUUAUUUUCAAGGCUUAGGUCAGGCUGAUUGGAAAAAAGUACUAUCUAAAUAUACUGAAAAAGGGGCUCAUAAACUGCUGAAAAAUACCUACAAUUAUGUAGUGCUGAAAUAAGUAAACUAAAUUAAUAAUAAAUGUUUAUAAACUAAACUGUCAAGAACAUUUAAGUGCAAAUUAACAUACAGCUUUAUCACUUUCGUCAUAUUUUUUCGCUUAAAAAACUUCUCAAUGACUUUAGCUCCAGACUUCUUCUGUUUGUUUGAUGUUGUCAUUACUGCCACAAGUGGUGGUAAAGUGUAUCGCAACUGAGUACCGCUGCAUCUGAAAAAACAGAUAUUUUUGCCCUGGCGGCCCAACAAGAAACACUGUGCUUAACAGUAUAAUGGAAAGAAAGUCCUAUGAAUGUAAUGUAAAAUGAACAGUGCUGGACACAGAAAAUAUUGCUUCUUAUUUUUCUUAUUUAUUUUCUUGGGUUUAGUUUCCUCUGUUUCACUGCAAGUUUGCCCAGCUGGCCUGUAAGAUUAGUUUUUAUAGUUUAAGUAAUAAUUUAUUUUAUUUCAUUUGGCCUCUCGUGUGAUUUUAACGCUAUUUAUUGUCAGUGUUAAGUAAAAUGACUUGACAUAUUUUACUUAUUGCAGACCCUAUUAAAAACCCUUUCAGGGAAUUCUAAUUCAUCGUAAUUUCUAAUGCAAUACAAAAUAUAUGUAAGCUGAUUUUUAGACAUGUUUAAGGUAAAACAUGAGUUAUAGGACUUUUGUUUAUGUAUAAGUGAAUAAAACAAUUUCCACUAGAGGGCACUCUUAUGCAUAUUUUGAUACCAUGAAAAAAAAAGCCAUGCAAAUGGUCUCUGAUGAUGCCCAAUUUUGACCCUCUGCCCUGUUGGUGGCCUCUAAUAUGUAAACGGCAAUGUUAAUGUGGAUCCAGUCUGGAUAGAGGCUCUUAUGAAAGUCAAGGGAAAAAGCAACAAAAGGAGCCAACAUCCUUCUGAAAACAGUCCCGCCUAGUGAUCGCUGAUGACAAACAGAUGGAGACGACAAAUGAAUCACAAUACUGAAUCAAUUUUUCUCUUGGAAACUCCCUCCUGAGGUCACCACUAUGGAAGCUGACACAUAUGAUGCAAGACUCCCACACAAUCAAUGUAUGUGAUAUCUUGUUCAUUCCCUUCACUGGAUUUACUUACACACAUCGCCUCAAAGUUGGCGUCGAUGCAUU